AUGUCUAGUACAGAUCAGUAUGCGGUGAUUGAAUGCGACCAGGGACAGAACAGUCUUUUGUUCGGUGACGAGAAGCAGCAGGCGCGGUUUGAACUCGGGUUGUCCAUGCUGGUUCACGGCUGGGACUCGCUGGACAUCGCUGUGGUGAACCAGUGGGGUGGCCCAGAGUCUGCGGACAAGAGGGACUGGAUCACUUCUGUGGUGGUGGACCUGUUCAAGGAGAACAAGACGCUGGACUCGGCGGUGCUCGAGGAAACGUUGCUGUACGCCAUGUUCGACGAGUUCGACACGCAUGUGGACGACGGGUCCGCGCAGAUGAUCGCCCUGGGGAUGUUGAAGCUGUAUGACGAGUGCAGACAACUGAACUUCAACACCGUGGAGAAAUUGUACGGGAAAUGGAUGGAGAAGCAACGGAGAGGUGUAGACACGACGAGAUACGUUCAGAUUAACGAGGUCAGCGGCACUGACGACGAGGGGGAUGAGGACGAGGACGAUGAGGACGAGGACAUGGGUAUGGAUGGAGAAAUGGAGGCAAAUGCGGGCAUUCCUGAACUUACCACCGCGCCGGAACCCGUUGUCGACGAUGAUGGGUUCGAGUUGGUUCAAAAGAAAGGUAAGAGAAGGCAUUAG